AUGGAGAGCCUUGGCCUGCAGGUACGCUCGGCCGGCAACGUGUCGCCACAGGCCGCACUGGCGUGGGCCAUGAUGCAAAGGGCUCCAGGUGGCUCCUCCUCCUCCUCCUCUGCUCCAAGGGCUUCCAAGGUCACGCGAUUGCUUCAUCCUAUGGGCCCAGGCGAGACUCCCGCGUGCACAUAUGCGGCAGAUGCGACAGUUGAGAUAGUCUUGGCAUCUGCCUGUUUGGGCUUGGCAGGUCACACACUCACUCGCCGAAGACGACAUCGAAUCGCGCGGCAGGCUCUGGGCAAACUCAUUCAACCGCCAUUACCGCCUUACAUGCAGGCAGAUAGCCAGGCGCUGCUGCCGCAAACCUCACAGGACCUUACAAUCCAUCCUGCGACCGGUCGGGUGGAAGAUGCUUUGACAAGUGGUUCUUUGAGGACGCUGUGCAAAGCCUUGGCGUUGGCAGCUGGCUCAUAUUCGAAUCCUGCAGAUGGCCUUGAGCGAAUUCGCAGACCCAAGAUGGACCAGACUUUGACAAUCAGGGCAUUGCUUCGCUUCUGCGAGCUGCGGCAUACAGCUGCUGAUGACCUGCAGCCCCGAGACUUCAUCGGCGAAAGUGGGCAGGGAGUUCGGGCAUUGCUCAAGCACUGCCGGAAUUAUCAGCUGGAGGUGGCCGCUGCUUUGGAAUCGCGAGAAGAGGAGACGGUUGGGAUGAUCCGUGCGUUCCACGAUCAGGCAGAUGUGGUCAAGAAGUACCUGCCCUUCUUUCGCAACGUCCUUGAGAAGUGCUUCCCGGUUUUGCUCAGGCAGACGGUGGAACCCUUGCAUCGGCUCAUCGGCUUUCUGGACUCCUACGGUGAGGUCCAACUCAGCUUCCUCUAUGAAGCUGCCAAAGACAAGGUAAUCAAGGCGCGAUUGAACGAGAUGCAGCCACGCCAACUCCUUGAGGUCACAGACAAAUGGGUCAGCCAAGCCCGCAAUGGGGAGCUGGCCAUUGUGCAAUCACACAAGGCACGGGUGGUCGUCAGGCACGCGGCGAGUUUGGACAUCGAGUUGCCUCCGCGAGAGAGGGCCGAAUGGAUGAGCUUGGCAAUAUGGGGCUCAGUCCUGGAGAGCACGCCAGAAUUGGAGCUCAUCGAGGAUCGCGUUCGUAAAGGUGCCCUGUACCGGGGAGAUCCGGUGGAGAUGCUUUCGUUGGCCGAGGGCAUGGGCGAUAUCAGUGGCUUUAACCAUGAGAUGUUUGAGAUCGUCCGAGCACCGAUUAACCAGGCCAUGCUGCGCGCGGGCCCGGAGCGGGCAGCGCUGGCAUUGGCAUCGCUUACCUUCCAAACGCGCUUGCUCAAGAAGCCCGCAGACAAGGCGCAGGCUCGGCUUCUUCUACCGGAGAGAAUCACAAAGAAGAUUUACAAGUGGCAGCGAGGAGAGGAUCGCCCCCUCCUUAAAUUGAAGAAGAAGGAUCCUCCAAAGCCACCAAAGCCAAAGGAGGCGCUUGCAGGUCUGAUCGUGAAGGUGCUCGCAUUUUUCAGCGAGAAUAUGCCCUUGACUGCCUUGGAGUAUGUCCUUGCGAAGUGGGUUCUGAAAAACUUCCGUCUCGAGGCGUGCUAUGAGGUGGCUCGAGACCAUCUCUUGCGGCUCAUGACCAGAGAGGAGAACCUCGUGGAUCCAGAGAGGGACGAUGCAGAUGAGGUGGUUCCGCCUGGUUCUCUCGCCAGAUCCAGCAAUCACUUGGUCGCACUAGGUUUGCCGGCCUACACCUUGGCACCUGCAGUGGAUUGGCUGCUCUGUCAGUCUGCGGGCUGGUCAGAAAAGAGAGCUUUCCCGGAGGAAGUAGUCGAAGAGGAUGCUGCCACGCUGGAAAGAGCGAUGAUACAGAGGCGAAUUGCGACAACGAAACUUGUCGAGUCAUCCCUGCCAUUGCUCAGUCACCUCUGGCCCCAAAGGCAAGAAGGAGACGAGGAUGCCAGCUUGGAGCAGUUCUCACUGCGAAAUGCCGAUGAGUUGCUGAGGCUGGUCGGCCGAACAGAGGACCGGGAUGGCAAGAAGAGGAAGGCAGAUGUGGCAGCGGAUGAGCUGCUGAAGCGCCUGUCGUCGCAGCUGAUGUUUGACGAUCUGCCCCAAAAGGCAGAGUCAGCCAUGUGUGAUUGGCGACAGACACAACCAGAAACAUCACUCAGCACGCUAGCAGCACCUUUUCUGCUCGAGGCAGCCCACAUCGGUGCAAAUCAAGGCAUACCCGAGCAGCGGCCAGUCGGUACUUUGUCUCGCUCCAUUGUGCUGCUUGCUCAAGCCAUCAACAUGGAGGAGAUCAGUCUUGAGUCUGCGGAGUGGGCCCUGAUGCCUUUCGAAGCCGCAGAUGCCAGCAACGAGGCUGUGUCGCUCGUUGCCGCUUCUUGCGCGGUGGGUGGUGUGCCGGAGGACAUCAUGUCUGAAACCUGCACAGCUUGGUUGGAAUUGGGCUGCCAGCGAGGAAACAUGGGACUCCAGUAUCGAGGCAAAGGCAUGAACGCGACAGUCUCCUACAUCUCUCCUGCUGCAGAAUGGGUUGCAGGCUUGGUGCAGCUGCGAAAGGCCAGCCAGAGAUGCAGAGUGGUUGUUGCGUCGGCAUCCUCGUUUGUUUCUGCUGUGAACAUGCUGUGGAAGCGCUUUGCCAUCAGAACCGUUUCACGAGCAGGUUUGCGGCUAUCUGGAAGCUCAGCUGGGCAAGGCGCCAACGGUGCUACCCCCUGUCCAAGCGUCCUGAAGAUGUUUUUUCAAAUGUGUGGCUUCGCAAAGCUGCUCAAAGAGAUGCACCUUCAGUUUGGCAGUUCGAUCUUCUGCAACCGUCACCUUCAGAUUGCAGCCUCCCUGCACACCGUACACCUGCCAUCCUCACCGCCUUCACCGAGCACAACAUACAGCCCUGAUAAUGUCUGCAAUGUCUAUGGACCAGCUCUGGCGGACGUCUACUCGCCACCAUGCGCCCCGCCGGUACAGGGCUUUCAUGAGACUGCUAUCGCCUUCAGCGGUUGCUUUCCUGGUGGCUUGGACCAGGAAGGCAAAGUCUCGCAGAGAGCUUGCAACUUUUUUCGAGCGGAAGUGUCGAAUGUCCUCGCCCUUGACCGUGAGACUGAAGCAUGGACAGCAUAUCAGCAGGCUGGCAUCAAAGCGAUCACGGAAGAAUCCAGUCUCGCAACCCACCCAUGUUAUGGCCGGAAAUUCCAAGUUGGGCAAGAAGCCAAGUACGAGGAGCACAUCUCUUUCAGGGUGAUGGCGGUUACCUUGGGCAUCAACCUCGAGAAGACCCCCAGCUAUUGGAUACCAUUUUGGGACACCCACGAGGAGAUCACGGGCGCGCCCUGUGACGCCGCACGGCCUCUCUGGCGGCGCCUUGCUCUGCUGUCGCCUCUGGAGUCGAGCACAGGAUGGGUUGUGAAUGUGGGUGCCGGUGACGGGUCGUGCUCGUAUGACGCAGCUCGCGAAGUAUUUCGGGAUCUCACUAUCUUCAAGGCUGGUGAUCCAGCGAACUGCUUGCUGCAUGCAGGCUUUCAGGGUAUCCUCUUCGAAGGUGAUCCUGAAAAGGCUGCACUCUUGCGACAGGUCUUUGCCGGAAGGGAAGGCAUUUGGGUGAUCGGCAACGCAACAAAUCCCUUCAAGGUGCUGCAGCAGGUUGCAGCUUAUCGCGACAGCCUUGACCUACAAGUGCAGCCAGAACUUCUGAAAGUCGACGUAGACAAUUGCGAUUGCUGCUUCGUGGCGGCCCUGCUGGAGAGAGGUUUGCGGCCUCGACACAUACACGUGGAGGUCAGCUCGCUCGUUCCUCCGCCAAUCUUUUUCAGACCGGUUGCGUUCGACCCAUCCAUUCAAGGAGACUCAUCACUUGAGAUUGGCCCGGAAAGUGGCUUUAGGGGCCACAUGGUGCACUGCUCACUUUCUGCCUUUGCUGAGCAGCUGGAGCCUUUUGACUACAAACUGGUGGACCUUUAUUUGCAUGAUGCUCAUUUCGCAAGACAGGAUGUGGUGCAAGGGGAUGCCGGAGAAGGCAUCCGCACAUCGCCAGAUCUCUGGCAUGAAAUUGGAGAUCUGGAAAUGGCAUGGAAUGCGGGCUUCUACUGCCAUCCACUUCGACCCACUCAGUUCAUUGAGGUGCAAUACAAAAAGACGUUCCUGUAUGACUAUCGCCAGUGGAGCGACAAGUCUCUUUCCAUAGAGGAACGUCUUCGUUUGCUGAGAGACUACUUGGACCGCUGGCAAAAGCCACGGAACCAGUAUGUUCUGCGAGUGCAAGAAAAGCGCUUUGUCACCGAACUUCCCAAGCGAGCGGCCUCAUCACUUUGCGAUGCAACAGGUGGUUUGGCCCUCUUGCUCGACACCAUUGAUGGCAAGCCUCCAUCCUUGUCGGAACUGGCAAGAGCUAAGGAGGCGAUCCUGGAAAAGCUGGGCGGCAAAGGACUGGCAGCCCUGGCCGAUGCUGUGGCAUUGUCCUGGUCCUCGGCCAUGCCCGGCUUGCCUCCGUCGGUGGCUGCCAGUCACUUCGAGCAGUGGUGGAGGGGCCAAGAGACUCGCCAAGAGCUGGUUUCUCAAGUUGCCACCGCCGGCCUGCAGGAGCUUUCUUGGAACGUGAAGCUGAAGCUUCAAGCCACCUUUGCGGACAAGAAGCCUACAGAGUACUCGUCUCCUGCUUGGCGAGUCGAGGGUGUUCAGAAAGUCACCUGGUUUGUGCCAGCUGAAGUCGUGAGCGAAGCGAGCAAGACGAAUCCUGCGGGCUUGAAGAAGGAGCGGAAGAAGCCUCCAGGCUUCAUCGGGUCCAAGACGGCACAGAGAGCUGCACUGGAGAAAAGCGGUGGAAGAUGCAUGUACUGCAGCGGCACCCACAAGUUGCGCGCGAAGCAUUUCUGGCCCCCAGAGCUCGGCGGCACGGACUUCGCCUCCAACGUCUCCAGCUGCUGUGAGCUCUGCUCAGACAUGCAUGAAGCACUGGGCUCCAAAAGGUGGCGCGAGGUGCUGUCUGCAGAUCCAGAGCAGGCUGCGGAGGUUUGGUGGGAGGCACAGAAGAAAGCCAGCAUGCAAGCCAUGGGUUUUCUAGCCCAGCCUGCUGAGUAG